CAAAUAGUUCAGUCUUUGACGAAUCGUCGAAGAAAGCACAACACCUCCGAUACAGUAUGGCGAACCGACUUGCCCUAGUGGCUCUGUUGGCAUUGGCCGCAGUGGCCCUUGCCGAGCGUACACCAAUCAAGAUAUCACCCAUCGCACAGAAGAUGUUGGAAGCAUAUCCAAUCCCUAAGGUUCCCGAAGGAUACAAGUCAACGAACCCACACACCAUUGGACACACGUUCCGCACCCGCGUGGAUCACUUCAACCCGCAGAAUCGUGAUAUCUUCGAGUUCCAUUACUACUCCAACGAUGAGUUCUACCAACCAGGAGGUCCUAUCUUCAUUUUCGUCGGCGGAAACUGGCCACUGGAGCAGUACUACAUCGAACAUGGACACUUCCACGACAUUGCCAACUACGAGAACGCUUGGAUGUUUGCCAACGAGCACCGUUACUACGGACACAGCUUCCCAGUUGAUGACCUUUCGGUAGAGAACCUUCAGUACCUGACAGUUGAGCAAGCGAUGGUUGAUUUGGCCGAGCUGAUCUACCACUUGCGUCACAACGUCGUUCGUGAUGACGAUGCACGUGUCAUUUUGCUGGGAACUGGCUACGCUGGAGCCAUCGCCACGUGGAUGCGCCAACGUUACCCCCAUCUGGUUGAAGGUGCCUGGGUUUCCAGUGGUCAGAUCGAGGCUCGCUUCAACUUCAAGGAAUACGCCAUGGAAAUCGGAGAGCUUAUUCGCGACUAUGGUUCCAAUGAAUGCUACAGCCAAAUCUGGAGAGCUUUCCGCACGGCCGAAAACUUGAUGGAUGCUGGACUGACCACCACCGUCACCGACUUGUUCAACACCUGCCAACCCGUGGACACUGAAACCAUGCUGGAUGUGGAGACCUUCUUCUACAAUGUCAAGGAAGCUAUUCAACGCGCCAUUCUAUCCGAACAGGACACAGAAUCUACGGAAGAGCUGUGCGAGAACCUGAACAAUAGCACCGAAGUUACCGACUUGCAUACGAUCGCCAACUGGAUUGAGGACUUCUACUACUACUUGGACUGCAUGCCUUUCGACUUUGACACAACCGUCCAAGCCCAUCAGUACGAAGAAAUCAGCUACCCGGAGAACGCCAUUUUGGGACUUCGCCAGCGCGUGUACCAGUUCUGUACCGAAUUCGGUUGGUUCCUGACUGCCGAUUCUGCUGAUCAACCGUUCGGCUACAGGGUCACCAUGUACUUCUUCCUGAACUUCUGCCGAUCGGUGUUUGGCGAAUGGGUUACCAGCGAGGUGGUCGCCGACGGAGUCCAUCUGACCAACAUGCACUUUGGUGGCAAGAACCCCCGAAUCUCCAACGUUCUGUUCACCAACGGUGCCCUGGAUCCUGUGCGUGACAUCGGUAUCACCGAGUACUACCAGCCCUCAUCGUAUGCGACCGUGAUUCCCGGAUACUUCAACAGCCCCGAUCUGAACUCGAUCAGUGGUUACAACUCCCCGGAACUGCUCGAAGCCAAGCAUCUGAUCCACAAGUAUGUUGAACUGUGGGUCUGGCAGCGAGCUACUCCCUACAAGGGAAAGUAAAUCAUUAUCGAAUGCGAUAGAAAGCUUUAAUAAAGUUGUUACGUGACCUAAA